CAAACUGUCAGCUGGGUUUACAUAUCUCGACGGUUAUGCGAUUAUUAAAAGUCUCCUAAAACAACACAAACUAAACUUGUUAGUGUCCGCCGCGGUUAGCCGGUCGACAUUAUGGCGUCUCGUGAACAGAAACGAGUGUGGAAGUACGUGGAAGAAGGCGGGCUGCUGAAGCUGAAGUCGUAUUUGCGUAAACACCCCGGGCUCGACGUGAACUUCAGGCAGGGCAAGAGGCAGAGAGGCCCGCUGCACCUGGCCUGCUCCCUCAGAGACGACGCCGUCCUCCGGCUGCUGCUCCAACACGGAGCCGACGUGCUGCUGAAGGACCGCAACGACGACACGGCGCUACACGUUGCGGCCAACAAGGCUCUGAAACACGGGAAGAGAGCUUACGAUGACCUCGUCGUGCCUCUCCGGAAGAGCUGCCCGGAAGCCAUGACGGUUCACAACAAAGCUGGAGUGACACCCGAGGACCUGCUCAGGUGGAUGAGAGACACGAAGCCGGCAGCAAACACGAGCAGUCCACCUGAAGCCGACCCUGAGAAGGAGUGGCUGGAGAAGCUCUUUGGGGAAUGCGAGGAUGAGUUCUGUGAAAGCUUUGGAGUGUACGAUGCUGAUGAUUUCCUCCCUGUUGAUGAUGACGAGGAAGACUUUGGUGACUGGGCUGACCGUGUUAGAGAAGAAUACUAUAAGAAAAAGCAUGCCGAAGCUCAGAGGCUGGCAGCAUCGUCGUCUGGAGGGAGAAAGAAGAAGGCUAAGGAAGAGAGAGAGCGGGAGGAGCAGAGCAACAAGGAGCUGCUGGACAGGCUGCAGAGGGAACACGCAGAGUAUCUGGCUCGAGCAGCACGCAAAGAGGAAGAGACUCGGCAGGGGAAGAAGCGGCGUUAUGAAGAGAGGUGUGCGGCCACGUUCCACAGUGGCUCCUCGGCAAGCAGCACAAAGCUGAGUUACGGUGACAUCCCUUGGCCGGCCCCGCGGGGCACAGUGCAGGAAAUGGUGGACGUGAUGCUGCACGGCGUUGACCGGAAGGACGUGGCGGUGUUUCGUAAGCGGCUCCGGCAACAGCAGGCACUUUGGCACCCUGAUAAGUUUGCCCAGCGCUGUGAGGCCCGGCUGGAGGAGAAGGACCGGCAGAGGAUCUUAGACACAGUCACGGCUCUCUCACAGGAGCUCAACAGACUGGCUCACAGCCUGAGGGCCUGACAUUCAUAAUAUUGUGUAACAUACAGGAAGUAGAAGGCUGAUGGACAGAUGUCACAAUAAAUAUGGGAAAACUACAUGAAGACAAUUUCUGUUAAUUUAUUCAUUUAGAAAUACUCUGGUAAACUUGAACACAUUAAGUUCAAAUCAUGCACAUUGACACUUCAUUGCAGUAGUGCAGUGGUACCCCCUGACCAGUGUAACAAAAAACAGUAGAAAGGAAAUUCUGUAUGCAGAGUUCCAGCCCAGCUCCAUCAGUGUGUGAAACAACAACCUGAUACUGAGGAGAUUUUGUUUCUGUUUUUGCUUCUUUUUCUCUUCGUCCUCCUUGUUUUCAGCUGGAUCACUGCUGCGUUUCAACCACUCAUCUGUUUUCUGGAUAUGUGUGUUAGCUUCCCAGUCAUAGUGAACUAACAUCAGAGGGAACACUGAAUAUAAAAUGUGGUUUAUCAAACUUUUUUAUUGACCUAAUUGUAGCACGGGCUAAUCAUUUCAGUGGCAGCUUUUAAAAGAAUCUUGCGUACCCCCUGCAGUGCUCCAACACACCCCCAUUUAAGAACCACUGCAGUAGUGAACAUGAGGUAGCUCUUAUCCUCAUCUGAUUCAAGUUGUGAUGAAAAUAUGUUUAGUUACAGUGUGCUUGCAGUGUAAUGGCUCUCAUGGGCAUUUGCCUAGGGAAAUUUGAAUGUCUGUCCCACUAAGCAUAUACACAUUUACUCCACAGUUUGCAAGUCAAACUACAUUUGUACAUUUCCUGUUCUUGCAUUUUGCAGUAACAUGUUGUAUAAAUAUAUCCUUACCAAAGCUACUUGUGGUCAUUUUGCUCUGGUUUACUGGGUACAUUUAUUUAAAGAUUGUUUUGUCACAGGCAAAAAAAAAAAUGCAUACAUGCAGCAGAGGCCAAAUCUACAAGAGGUGGCCCAAGUAAUAAACACCUAAAAAUGUUCAAAUCUUUCUUCAACCUGGUGUGUGACAUAUUCACACCAACAUACACUCGAGAGACUGCCAGGUCUGUGAC